AUGUCAGAGCCAACUCCUCCUCCGCCGAACUCCUCUUCUUCCACUUCUACCGCCCGUUCACGUACAAAACCUAUAUCAUACUCACAUUAUGCUCGUCCACCAACACCCCCUUCACCAAAACCAUUACCUGAGCAAGACCACUACUAUUUUAAUAUCAAACCACAUUUACUGAUAAAUCUAACCUCAAUUGCACUGAUUUCCGCCUGCUUGUUCCUGUUUCCUAAUACUCCGCUUCUCGAUGGUCCUAUCGAAAAUUUGACGGUAGCGGUGCCGUGUUUGAUCGUCAUUCAAACGGUGAUUGAAUCGUGGAGAUGGGUUGUGUUGAUUGAUGAAGAAGUUGAAGGGUGGGAGAAGCAGAGAAGUUUUCAAGGAAAAUUGGCGAUGAUGUUUGAGAGGAGAAAAUGGCAUUUUCCGACGGCAAUAAAAUUAACACUCUUUGGAGCAUUUAUGUUCCAUUUGAUAUGUAUCUUAUUUGGGACUCAUUUACUAGACCAUGUAUAUAGCACAUUCACGUUCAGUCUCUUCAUAUCCCUCCUAGCAAUUUGGCCGCCAGCAAUGGCUUUCAAGAACCAUGGACCGGCUUCUUUGCACAUGUCAUCUGAUAUUGAUGCUGUUGGAUCCUGGUUUGAUUUAAUUGACAGUCCGGAAACAAUUCCCGAAAAGUUGGUAUAUUAUCCAACCGUUGGAUCAGUAGUGGGGGCAUGGCUUGGAUCUAUUGUCAUUCCACUUGACUGGGAUAGGCCUUGGCAGGCUUGGCCGAUACCAUGCGUAUUAGGGGCUUAUAUGGGAUAUACCAUGGGGACGAUUAUUAGUCUCAUUGUUUGCUAUUUCAGUAAAGAGAGUGCAGCGCAGAAAAAGAGAAGACAAUAA